AUGGAUGCCGUCGAAACGAAGCCGCAAAUCACCAACAUUCCAGAAACCAAAAUCCAGCCAGUAGAAAUCGAGAUACUGCCCGUUGUCUACGACAUAAUCCGAAGUGUCGAAAAGGAUCCGAUAGAUAACACCGCGAAACAAAAGGAGAGUGCCGAGUGCAGUCAGAAGGUGCUUGAACUCCAGCGGACACUAGAGGCCGCACGAUCAACCAUACGGAAGCUGCACGGUAUCGAGUACAGCAAAGAGGAACAAUUGCGAAGGCUCGAAAGCCUUCGGAAGCAGCUAGCGCUGAAGCAGCAACUCAUCAAAAAGUAUAAAAACGUCCAGUUCUAA